AUGAUCAAUAAUGAUAAUAAAAUCGAAAUUAAUAGUGCAAUGAAAAAAGCAGUAGGAGGGCAAAAAGGAAUAAGAACUGAAGAAGAAUUAAAAAUUAUCGACGUGAAAAAAGCAGAAGUCAACAUGGAAGGGCAAUUUUUAGUACGACAAAUUUACGACGAUGAAAUAACUUAUAAUUUAAUAGGAGCUGCAGUAGAAAUUUUAAAUAUUCCAGCCGACGCUAUUCUUGAACUUUUUGGCAAAACAUUUUUUGAAUUUUGCCAAGAUUCUGGUUAUGAUAAAAUUUUGCAGGUUUUAGGAGCAACGCCAAGAGAUUUUUUACAGAAUUUAGACGCUUUGCACGAUCAUUUAGGUACACUAUAUCCCGGUAUGAGAGCACCAUCAUUUCGAUGUACAGAAGAUAAUGGAAAAUUAAUUUUACAUUAUUAUUCAGAACGACCUGGAUUAGAGCACAUUGUAAUAGGAAUAGUUAAGGCUGUUGCAUCAAAACUACAUGGUGUAGAAGUUGACAUCGAAAUUAUUAAACGUAAAGGUGAACCAAUUGAAAAAGAAGAUCAUAGUCAAGACGAACAAAAACCAAUAGAACAACAAUCCGAUGAUAUCGAAUGUAAUGUUAAAGAUUUAAAUAUUAUAGAAGAGAAUAAUAAUGAACAAAAUAGCAAUGAUAGCAAAUCUAAUAAUUUUUAUGGAAAUAAUGCAGGCAGUACAGAAAUUAGUUGUAGUGAAAAUCAAAAUAGUCAUGAAAUUUUAUCAAAUAGAAAUCAUUCAAAUUCAUCAAAUUCGAUUAGUAACGUACAAGAUAAUCCAGUAACAAAUUGUCCGUUUGCUAGCGAUAGUAAUAAUAUUAUAAAUUCAGAAAAUAAUAAAUUAGAAAAUUUAAAUCCAAAUAGUUGUUUAGGUGAAAAAAUAAAUUUAGGAGAAAGUUUUGAUGAAGUGAAACAAAAUGAAUGCCUCCGUUUAUUAAAAAAUAAAUCCGAUGAUAUUGAACGUUCCGAUCAUGUACAAUUUUUAAUAACAGAAACUUCUGGUACUAAAACAAAUGUAUCAAUUGAAGAGAAAGAACAACAGGAUGAUUUAGAAUUUAUUAGUGAAGACCCCUUAAUAUCCUUACAAACAUUUUGUAAAGUUUUUCCUUUUCAUUUAAUGUUUGAUCGACAAAUGAAAAUUGUUCAAGCUGGUAAAUCAUUAGCAAGAUUAAUACCAAGAGUUGCAGAUGAAAACUGCCCCUUACUUGAAGUGCUUGAAGCAAUACGUCCUCAUUUAUUAUUAACUUUUGAUAAUAUUUUAGCCCACAUCAAUACAAUUUAUGUUCUUCAAACUAGACCAGGUGCUAUGGGAAAACAUGAAAGAUUUUUAAGACUGAAGGGCCAAAUGAUGUACAUAGCAGAAUCCGAACACAUUUUAUUUCAGUGCUAUCCGAGUGUUAUGAACUUGGAUGACCUAACAAAGAAAGGCUUGUAUAUAUCAGAUGUACCACUUCAUGAUGCAACAAGAGAUCUUGUACUGUUAUCUGAAAAAUUUGAAGCUGAAUAUAAAUUAACACAAAAUUUAGAAAUGUUAACAGAUAAAUUGCAACAAACAUAUAGGGAAUUAGAAAGUGAAAAACAAAAAACUGACAGAUUAUUAUAUUCAGUACUUCCUAAGAGUGUAGCAAAUGAAUUACGGCAUCAAAGACCAGUACCACCAAAAAGAUAUGAUUAUGUUACACUUAUGUUUUCUGGUAUUGUUGGAUUUGGACAAUAUUGUGCUGCGAAUACAGAUGCUGAAGGUGCCAUGAAAAUCGUAAAAAUGUUAAAUGAAUUAUAUACAAUUUUUGAUGCCUUAACAGAUUCUAAACGAAAUGCCAAUGUUUAUAAGGUUGAAACUGUUGGUGAUAAAUAUAUGGCUGUUUCUGGCUUACCACAUCCAUGUGAAGAUCAUGCAAAAUCUGUAUGCAGAUUAGCUUUAGAUAUGAUGGAUAUCGCAAAAAAUGUUAAAAUGGGACCAAAUCCAGUUCAAAUCACUAUCGGAAUACAUUCAGGUGAAGUUGUAACAGGUGUUAUCGGAAAUCGUGUACCUCGUUAUUGCCUUUUUGGUAAUACAGUUAAUUUAACAAGUCGAACUGAAACCACUGGUGUACCAGGAAAAAUUAAUGUUAGUGAAGAAACAUAUAGAUUAUUAUGCCAGGAUAUAAAUCAUGAUAAUUCAUUUCAUUUAGAAUAUCGUGGUCCAGUUGUUAUGAAAGGUAAACCAACACCAAUGGAAUGUUGGUUUUUAACACGUUCAACUACAACAUUAUCGGUAACAAAUCCAAGUGGUAAUAAUAUACCAUUAUCGAAUAGCACAACAACAAGUUUUAAAGAUGUAUACGAAACAACAAGUACUUCUGAAAUAAAUCCAUCGGAUACAACAUAAUUGUUAAACGAUAUAACCAAUUAAAUC